CUUAUUUUUGCACUUUAUUGUAUUAAAUAUGCCUCGGUUUCUUCAUAAAUGGUCGUAACAAUGAGCGAGAGUUUUGCACGGUAUAAAGUGAUCGAAACGCUUCAAUAAUAUUGCAACAAAAGGUGUUAAUACUGAUGAUCCAACAGCAAAAUUGCUCAAACGGAAAUUAUCGAAUCUAAAAGUCAAUGUGAACCAACAGUUCAACUGUGAGUGAGAUACAUACAAGUGUUGAAAAUGACCAAACAUACAAACAAUCAUCAAACAACCACCAAUAAGGACCAGCAGCAUACCAGUAAGAGACAUCAUCAUGACCAGCAUAGUCAAAAACAGCACAGCCAAUCCUUCUCGCAAAUGCCUUCUACUGCGUUAAAAUCAGGAGCUCACGAUACCACCACCUCACACAUCUCGAUAACAUCUCUAGCAUUGCUAAGUCGUUUGCUGGUAAUAGCACUGCAAAUCAUAUCGAAUCAUCUGAUCCCGGACCACGAUGCGGGGGUAUUCCUGGCCCCACGCGACCCAGAAGCCAUACCCGGAAAGUUUGAUGGGUUGGUACAAACCGUACUGGGAGGAUUGCACCGCUGGGAUUCACAAUACUUUUUGCACAUCUCCGAGCAUGGCUAUUCGUACGAGAAUACCCUGGCGUUUUUCCCAUUAUUUCCGUUCAUUAUCAAAAUUAUUGCGAGCGUUCUGGGAGGAAACUCCUCGCUGGUGACAUAUCGGGAGCUCUCGCUGGUCAUAGCCGUGUUGCUCAACGUGAUUUUCUUUGUGCUUGCCGCGAAAGCCCUGUACAAGCUGAGCAAUGUGGUGCUGGGCAACAAGAAGAAAAGUGAGCUGGCCGUAAUCCUGUUCUGCUUCAACCCAGCGUCUAUUUUCUUCACUGCCCCAUACACGGAAAGUUUAUAUUCAUGGCUUUCGUUUGCCGUUAUGGCGCAAUGUAUCGAUGACAUCAAUUCGAUACUGAUUACGGUACCGCUGAGUUUGAGUAUUCUGUGUCGAUCAAAUGGAAUGUUGAACAUCGGCUUUUUGCUGUUUUUCUACAUGCGUCGUAUCCUGUCACAAAAUUCGUUCCAUAACAUUAUUUGCAUUGGAUCAAAGCUCUUUUCGAUUCUGAUCAUCAUAAUCUUUCACUACGGAAUAGCGCAGGUUUACAGCUACUAUUUGUUUUGCUUCGAGCAGAAGUUCAGCUUCCCGCUGCACGUCAAGGAGUACGCAGUAGCCCAUAACCUAGUGCUGGCUGGCAACAAAACAGCGGAAUCGUCGCCCUGGUGCUCAAACUAUUUGCCUUUAUCUUAUUCUUACGUACAAAGCCACUAUUGGAAUGUAGGAUUUAUGCAAUACUACGAGUUGAAACAGUUACCGAACUUUCUUCUUGCCUUACCUGCCAUCUAUCUAGUAGUGAGUAACUCUUGCAAGUACAUUCACGAAAAUUGGGACUUUUGCGCCCGAAUUGGUUUGCUCCGGCUCAGUAAGAAGCAGUUGAAAAACAUGAGGAACUACGACCGAAAUGCAUUUGUGUUCAUAGCUCAUGCCUUGUUUCUGGCUUUGUUUAGUGUUUUCUUCGUGCAUGUGCAGGUCACAACCCGGAUGCUGGCAUCUUCAAGUCCUGUGUUGUAUUGGUUCGCAGCCGAAUAUUUUACCGGCGACAAAGCGUUCAUUCGGCGCCAGGUCAUCCGGAAGCUAUCCAGGCAGGUCCAGGAUGGAACAGAGCCAUGCGCUCAUGUGGAAAACCACGUCGAACUGACCGAAAUUUUAGACAUAAAAUCGAUGAAUUUAAAGCAAUUAUCCGUUCUGACAUAUUUCAUAGGGUACGCCGUUAUUGGCACCGUUCUUUUUAGUAACUUUCUGCCCUGGACUUAAUCUUUAUAUCACAUGAAUAAUAACUUAUACAAAUGAAUGAAAAUGUUAGUAGACUUAAAUUUACAAUUAAAUGGCAUCAGUUACGUACUACAAAUAGAUGAGCUAAAUUUAACUAUACACUAUUUAUGAUCAACUCUACACUAAAAUGUGUUGAUAAUAUCAAUUACAAUCAAACAUUUACUCAAUAAAGGAACAUUCGAGUUUAACGAGAGUUAUAUUCAAUAACCAGAUAUGGAACCAAAAUUAGCAUUAUUAGAUAAAGAUUGACGUAGUUCAAAACAACUAUUUAUUAAAGGUUAAUUAUAGCGAUAGUAAGUGGUAGACAUUUUUACUCUCUCUUUAUUGCGACUACUGGAAUCGAGCGUUCAAACAAACGUAUCUAUGCUGUUAAAGAAGUUUAUUAUGGGAUUACUCGAGUAUUUUUCACAUCACUUAGGUGUUUGAUUUGAUUAGAACAUACCUGGGGUUAACAUCCCAGUAGAGUCAGUGCGUGAGCUUUAGAGUUAUCGUAAACAUAUUAACGUAGCAAUUGUUGAUACAAUUUUAAUCUUAGAAAAGAACAAACAAAACAUGCCCGGCGAAAGCUGCUCAAGCCAAUUUUAAUCGGUAGGAAAAAAAUGUUAACAAACUAUUCGAGUUUUAUUCCAUUCAGUAGACAGACUAGUUCAAACUUGAGCACAUCUCUAUGCCUUAAAAUUUCGACGAAAAAUUACAGUAACAAAACAAAAGUACUUUAUAGGUAGAUUAUCUACCAUGCGACCAAAUAUAUUUAAUAGCAAUCUACCAGGUAGAGGCAUUAUCUUUACUAUAUUGAUUUGUACGUUAAUUGUUCAACUAAGUUAAAAAAAUCUUUUAAUGUCCACUUUUGAAUGUUCUUAUCAUCAUUUUCAAAUAUUUAUUAACAAAAAAGAUUUGUUUGUGCUAUUUUUUGAUAUAAAACAUACAAGUUAACCCAUUUCUAGUCGUGAAAUUAGUCCAAAGCUAAACGUUAUAAACAUUAUCAACUAUUUUCGAUUUACAUUAUAAUAUCCAUAUCAAUUAGCAAUUAAUGUUUGGUUGCUAGAAUAUAUUCCUUUCAUAGCAAA